CACCGAGCCACGUAGCCACCGCAGAUUUCCAUGCACACAGCAGCCAGUUUCGAAUUUGCCAACUGAAGGAAAGAUGAACUUGAUCAAGACGUUCGCGUACGCUGCGGGACUCGCGGCGGCGUGCCUCAUGAGCUCUGCGAUGGCUCAAGAACCGAAGGGGCCUGUGAUCGGUAUCGAUCUCGGCACGACGUACUCGUGCGUCGGGCACUACGCCAACGGCAAGGUGGAAAUCAUUGCGAACGACCAGGGUAACCGUAUCACGCCGUCGUAUGUCGCGUGGGACUCGAACGACGAACGUUUGAUUGGGGACGGUGCCAAGAACCAGGCCACGAUCAACCCCGAAAACACAUUGUUCGACGUGAAGCGUUUGAUCGGCCGCAGCUACAACGACAAGUCGGUUCAAGCCGACAAGAAGUUGCUGCCUUUCCACAUCGUCAACAAGGACGGACGUCCUUUUAUUGAAGUCAAGAUCAAGGGCGAGGCCAAGCAAUUCUCUCCUGAAGAAGUGUCCGCCAUGAUCUUGACCAAGAUGAAGACUAUUGCCGAAAACUACCUCGGCAAGGAAGUGCACGACGCUGUUGUGACUGUGCCUGCGUACUUCAACGAUGCUCAGCGUCAAGCUACCAAGGAUGCUGGUACCAUUGCUGGUUUGACCGUGCAACGUAUUAUCAACGAACCGACGGCUGCCGCGAUUGCGUACGGUAUUGACAAGAAGGCCAAGGGUGAAAAGAACGUGUUGGUGUUCGAUUUGGGUGGCGGUACCUUCGAUGUCACCUUGUUGACCAUCGAUGGUGGUGUGUUUGAGGUGUUGUCGACCAACGGUGACACGCACUUGGGCGGUGAAGACUUCGAUCAGCGCAUUAUGCAAUUUUUCAUCAAGAAGUGGCAAAAGCAAAAGAAGAUCGACAUUUCCAGCGACAAGCGCGCGUUGCAAAAGCUCCGCCGUGAAGCCGAACGUGUCAAGCGCGCUUUGUCGACCCAGCCCCAAGCCCGUCUCGAAAUUGAAUCUCUCUUGGACGGCGAAGAUUUCGACGAAACGCUGACCCGAGCUCGUUUUGAAGAACUGAACAAUGACUUGUUCAAAAAGACGUUGACCCCCGUGGAAAAGGUAAUGAAGGAUGCUGGGUUGAAGAAGAGCGAAGUCGACGAAAUUGUGCUUGUGGGUGGUUCGACUCGUAUCCCAAAGAUCCAACAACUGAUCAAGGACUUCUUUAACGGCAAGGAACCUUCGCGCGGCAUCAACCCUGAUGAAGCUGUCGCGUACGGUGCCGCCGUGCAAGGCGGUAUCUUGGGUGGCGAAAACGACUCCAACCUGAACGAAAUCUUGUUGUUGGAUGUGGCGCCCUUGUCGUUGGGCAUUGAAACUGUCGGUGGUGUCAUGACCAAGAUUAUCAACCGCAACACGGUCGUCCCCACCAAGAAGUCGCAAACCUUCUCGACCUACCAGGACAACCAACCCGCUGUGUCGAUCCAAGUGUUUGAAGGUGAACGUGCCAUGACCAAAGACAACCACAUUCUCGGCAAGUUUGAAUUGACCGGCAUUCCCCCUGCUCCUCGUGGUGUGCCCCAAAUCGAAGUCACGUUUGAAGUCGACGCCAACGGUAUCUUGCAAGUGUCUGCAGAAGACAAGGGCACGGGCAAGGCCGAGAAGAUUACGAUCACGGCCGAAAAGGGUCGCUUGUCGCAAGAAGAAAUUGACCGCAUGGUGCAAGAAGCGGAAGAAAACGCGGAAGAAGACAAGAAGAUCAAGGACCGCAUUGACGGUCGCAACUCGUUGGAAGGCUACCUCUACAACUUGAAGAACAAUGUCGAAGACAAGUUGGCCGACAAGAUUGAAGAAGCCGACAAGGACACGUUGUUGAAGGCGGUCCAAGAAGCCAUGGACUGGUUGGACGAAAACCAAGAAGCUGACAAGGAAGACUUUGACGCUCAGCAAAAGGCCAUUGAAAAGAUCGCAAACCCCAUCAUGGCCAAGGUGUACCAAUCCACCGGCGGUGCCGGCGCCGCGGGCGGCGACGACGAUGACGAUGAAGAUCAUGACGAAUUGUAAGCCAUUGGCCUCGUUUUUCUUUGUUUGCACCUUUUGUAAUCAAUAUUUUUCAAUCUAUUAAUUCGAUCGAUCGACAAGCUGAAAUUGUGCCACGUCAUGACUUGAUAAAAGUAUGAAAAAGGA